GAAGCGCCGUACCCUCCUAAAUAGUUCCUAAAUCUUGUCUCUCCUAACGUUUCCUGGCUCUCAUCCCGCCACGUUCUGGGAUUUGGUUGCGACUUUUGAAAAGGAAGGACAAAUCAGAGCUUCUGGAAAAACGUUCAUAACCCUCAAGGAAACAAACCAAGAGAUUUGAAUUGCCUCAAUAGCCAUGGACGGACCACUGACAACGAGGACUUCCGUGGACAAUCGGAAGGUGAUGUCUGAUGUAGAGAAAGCACGGCGGAAGAUCGACCAUGAGCUAGCCACUCUCCGUCAAACAGAACUCGAACUGCUCAGUCGCCGAAACACGCUCUCCAGUAUAUGUGCUCUACCCCCAGAGCUCCUAUCUCUCAUCUUUCUCCACUGCGUCGAUGACAGUUUCAGUCAAUCUCAUUGGAUACAGAUAACCUAUGUCUGUCGACACUGGCAUAAUGUCGCGUUCUCGUGCCCCGCUCUAUGGACGAGGCUUAGCCUUGUGAACGCCCCGUGGACCACGCAGAUGCUUAAGAGGUCUAAGCACGCUCCUUUAUACGUGUCCGCGGAUCUCUCAUGGAGGACAUCUACCAUUUCACCUCUUGAGCCGCUGGUAGAAGAGGUCUCGCGGCUCCGCGACGUCGACCUGAAUCUCUCAAGGGAAACAGCCAUACAAUUCGUUGGACGGCUCACUCAGCCGGCCCCACUCCUCCAGUCUUUGCAGAUCACCAUUCCACCACCUAAUUUUUAUGUGACAUCCAGGGGAGAAAACGUGCAGAUUCCAACACAAUUUCUGGGCGGAAGCGCGCCGGCAUUGCGCAGGCUCAGGAUGACCAACUUUGAUCUCCCGUGGGAUUCUUCUGUCCUCCAAGGACUAACGGAGCUUAGCCUCAUUAAUGUUUCUGUCACGGCGCGACCUACAACCCACCAGCUCCUUAACGUCCUUAGAAACAUGCCUUCACUGAGGACGCUUACUCUAGAGGAUGCUUUGCCAAUUUCAGCGAGCGGUAUGGAGGAGUCAGUUAGUAUGCCAAGUCUGCAGCAGCUUCAUGUGACAGGUAAAUCCAAUGAAUGUGGACAGCUAUUGUCGUACCUUGCCUUUCCGGAGACUGCUCCUGUGAUUCAUCUGGGUUGCAGCGCGGUCAAUGAAGGUCUUGCAUCCAUUGCGACGUUUUUGGCACAGAAGUGCACUCUGCCUCCUGGUGGAAGGAAACGGAAGGAAACGCUCCAAAUCCAAGGAUCUGACGAUGCAUCUAUUACUUUACUGUCUGGGGCUUUUCCAUCCGAUGGCUAUCCAUAUCACGACCUCGCAAACUUGCGCCUCCACCUGGAGCUCUCAUGGAGUCGACGUUCGUCAUCAUUGGCCGACAUCCUCCCCUUCAUAUUUGCCCGCCUCACAUUCAGCAGCAUUCGUGUCAUCCAGAUACGACAACUCGAUGAAAUGUCAGCGCGUGCAUGGCGUACAUUGCUCAUGAAUGUACCAACCGUCUGUACACUGGAUGUUGAAUGUAUUAAUCCCGAAGGAGUGUCAGACCUUGUCCACGUUUUGAACCCUCAAUGGAAUCCGGGGGUCCUCCUCCCUGGACUUGAAGACCUCGUGCUGAGAAAUGUCGGGUUUAAUGAAGAUGACGAAGUGUUUGAUUUCUCCGAUCUCCACUUGCGUUCUCUCCUCGAUGUGGAAGUUCUCCACGACUGUAUCAUGUCGCGCAUAAAUUACGGGGCACCAUUGAACAAGCUGGUUAUCACGGGAUGCUUCAACUUUGGCGUCAUCAGCGUUUAUGGUCUGCGCCUCCUACAAGAGGUCGUACCUUACGUCGAGUGGGAUGGGACCGAUAAGGCCCAACCGCGGUCUACCGACUCCCGUGAAGAGAGUGUGUAUGAAGUUGAGCACGAAGAUUACGACGACUUUGACCCCUUUGACAUAUUCGACGUUAUGAGUGAUAUGGACACAUAUGAAUGACCCAGGCUUCUGAUCUGAACUUCUUACCAGUAGGUUUUGCGUCAUUCGCGGAACUUGUCAUGUCUCUGUUUUGAAACAAGAUCGUCACCAGGUACUGUCUCCU